AUGCUCUUCACCGUCGGGUUUCCCACAGUCCUGGGUAUGGUUAUGUUCAGCUUUGAUACGCCGCUCGAGAAUGCUACCAACUUCUACAUAAGUGUCACCUCAUUGGCAACCUCAUUGAAGUUUGGUCUCUAUGCUUACCAGCUACACAAGCUGUUCGAAAUCGAGUCGAUUUUUAGAGAAUUGGAUAGCCGCAUAGUUGAGGAACAAAAACCCUUUGCCGAGAUGAUGCACAAGCGCAUGCGUCUCGUGACCAACAUAUUCAAAGGGAUCUACAGCAGCAUUUUAAUAAACUCGGAACUGUCGUUCCUGUUUCGUGGCGAACGGACACUGCCGUUUCCUGCCUGGUUUCCACUCGACUGGAGCGAAUCGCUGAUCAAUUACAGCCUAGCUCUGCUAUAUCAGCUGGGCGCCAUAUUUGUGCAAAUAGGACAGAAUUUUGUGGAUGACUUGUUCCCACCUCUGGUGCUCUGCCUGAUUGCCGGUCAUUGCGAGUUGCUGAUUAUACGUGUCUCUAGCAUAGGCUAUACGAAAGCUGAUCAUGCCGAUAAUGAUGCGGAGCUAGUAAGGUGCAUAGAGGAUCAGGAGAAGCUUUACAAAUUACUGCUGCUUUCCAUGGAUAUAAUUUCGCUGCCCAUGCUGGUGCAAUUCAUUGUGACUGGCGUGGAUAUGGCAGCCGUUAUGUUUGCCUUGGUUUUUUUUGUGGAGGACCUUUCGGGUCGUCUCUACCACAUUUCCCUCUUAUUCGCGCUCCUUUGUCAAACCUUUCCCAUUUGCUUCUUCGGAACUAAUUUAGAGCAUUGCUUUAAGCGUUUGCACUAUGCUAGCUUCUGCAGCAAUUGGGUUUAUCAGAGUCGUGUUUAUCGCAAGAAUGUGAUUCUCUUUGCAGAGCGGACAAAACGGCAUCCGCGACUAUUGGCCGGAGGCAUGGUUCCCAUUGAACUGUCCACUUUUGUGGCAAGUUGUAAAGCCGCCUACUCGUUCUUUACUUUGAUUGGGGAUUUUAGCUAA